AUUCCUCUCCAGAUACUACACUCCACACUAUGCCAUCACUCAGCGCCUCUGCCUCACCCAACGUCGCUUUACCCCCCUCACGUUCACGCUCGCAAUCCCCAAUCCGACCUCCCUACUCCCCAAUAACACCAACAAUCUCCUCCGCGCGCCUAGCCACCACCACUCCCCCCUCUAACGCCUCUCAAACACGCCCCACCUCCACCUACACCCAUGCCCAACCACCUCAAACCUCGAUCCCGCAACCGGCUCCUAUACCUUUCACAACCGUUACCUACGAGGAGAAUCCCGAUGUCCUUGCGUUAAAGAGCGCAGCGAGUAUACUGCAGAUACAAGCGAGGAAUGCGGUUAAGGAUAUCCAGGCCCUGCAGAGGAUUAAGGAGAGGGCUUUGAGGGAUCCGGCGGCGUUUGGACAAGCGCUUGAGAGUGGCGUGGUCAGAACUCGUGCUGAUCCGUUGUACAAGCCGGGAGAAUUUGAGAGUGAGGAAGAGGAUGAUGGGGAUGGGGAUGUGGAGAUGGGAGGGGGGAAGGGGAAUGGAAAUGGGAAGGAGGGGAAAGGGGAGAAAGUUAGGAAAGAAGGGAAGAGGGAGGGCCCGGGAGAGAAAUGGGAGACGUUGCCUGCGCCCCAGAAUAUUGUGAGAUGUCCGCCGGUGAACUGGAAUCAGUAUGCGGUUGUGGGUGACUCGUUGGAUAAGAUACAUAAAGAUCAGCUUGAGCGGCCGAGUGAGGGGGUCCCGAUGAAGGUUGGCAGUGAUGGGCAACUUAUUAGUGGCGGGGAGGGGGCCAGGAGACAACAUGAUUUGGGGGUCGCCGCGCCGUAUCAGCCGGGAAGGGAUAAGAUCGAGAAGAUGAGUACGAGGAGGGGUGGGAAAAGAUGAGUGGAGGGAGGGGCUUGGGUGGCGUUAUGAUAUCACGAUAGUGGAGUUUGAGCAUGGCAUGGUGCUAGGGUUGCUUUGGUCCUGGGAUAGAAUAUUGUCGGAGCACAGGAGGAAAUGUUCACGCUGUAUGGAAUACAGACGAACCUGAUUACAGAAAUCGGCAUUUUCAUAGAGGCAACAAUGCAUUAGAUAGGUCUCCAAUCCAGCGUCUACAACCUUCGUAUUUGCUAUUCUUUCGUCUUGUCCUCCUAACUCCUAAGACACAUAUCUACUAGAAUCAUCAAGCUGCAGAGUCA